AUGAAGCGAACACUUUUGUUGUGUUUCAUUCAUGGAUUCAAGGGUGAUGGAGAGACUUUUUACAACUUUCCACAGUCCCUUAAGAAGCAUGUAGCAGAAAAGCUACCAGAUGAUGAUGUUGAACUUCUUAUGUAUCCCAAAUAUGAGACGAGAGGAAGUCUUUUGGAUAGUACUGACAAAUUUCUCGAAUGGCUGAAAGGAAAGGUUAUGGAGGUUCGGAAAGAAAAGACCCAAAAUCCAUGGCCACCGAAUGAUAGAUCCGUGGGCGUCAUUUUAGUCGCACAUUCAAUGGGAGGUUUUGUGGCCUCUGAUGCACUAUUCUCCAUUCUUAACGAUCAUCAUGAUCAAGAGGAGAAAGACGCCAACCAUGUUAUAUUCCCUCUUAUUCAAGGGAUUCUCGCGUUUGAUACCCCUUACAACGGCCUUGCUCGUUCUAUGUUUGUGUACGGAGCAUUCAGUCAAUACAACAAGGUCAGCAAUAUCUGGAACAUAAUGUCAGCUGCUUCAGCCGGCCUCAUUAGUGCUAGAUCUCUAACGACAAUGUCCGCGAAACAAGCUGCAAGACGUGCAGGCAGUUCUGUGGUAGCGACAACUAGAACUGCUAGUCCGGGAUGGAAGAUAUGGGAAGGAAUUGCUGUGAAAUCUGGUGUCGUGGGAGCAAUUGCGGCUGGUGGUGUGGCGGCUUACAGAAAUCGGGAGACCAUUAUUGCCGGUGUCAAAAAUCUUAACAAGAACUCUAUCAAAGAGGGUGCAGAGCAAGGGUAUGAUGCGUUAGGUCAGGGGCUUGCAUAUAUCAAUCGCGAUAGUGUUGGUCAAUCUUUCGCAUGGCUGUCAAGCCAUCUUAAAUUUGUGGGUGCAUUAAUGAGACAGAAAGAGAUGGUUCAAAGACUUGAGAGACUGUCCAAGAUUGAAGGAAUCGGAAUCCGAAAUUUCUACACUUCGUUGGGAGAGAAUGGCUAUUGGUCAGGUGGAUAUUUUGUUCCUGAAAGAACUUUCUGUGCGAUACCCGCACCAGAACAAAAGUCUCAUGAACUCUUCAUUAGAAGUGUUAAUGGUGCAGUCGAGGAUGAAGUUCACGCUCAUAUGAGUAUGUUCAAACCCGAAACCAACGAUAGUUACGACAAGAUGUCCGAACAGGCAAGGGAUCUAGUCGUUGAAUGGUUCAAAAGCGACAACAAAGUUGUGGAUAUACCACCGCCCCCAGAAUUGUUACCAGAGACUGUAUCAGAGAAAGACGCUGCAGGAGUACAAACAGAAGAAGGUGAGAUUUUCACCGGUACCGGUACCAACUCCGAGUCUGUACCAAAUAUAGAUAUGGAUGGAGUCGAUGAAUCCCCUCUCGACAUUGUCGCUGCGGCUGCUGCAAUUCCGCUUCCGGAUAUCCAAGAAAACGACCUAGAUGGCAAGCAACGAGAAUCAUAUCUUCAAAGCCUGUACCGAAUCUCUCAAAGAGCGGGAUCUGGCCUUACUGGUGUUGCCACAACGGGAUUAAAGGCAGGUGCAGCUAUUCCCAGUUAUGCUUCCAAGGGAGUUAGUUCUUUGUGGAGUUCAAGCAAGUCUAAACCAGAAACUGAGGCAUCUGCGAAUGUGGAGGAAUUGAGUGAAUCUAUGACUAUUGAUGCUGAUGAUGAUGUGAGAAACGAGGAUAAGAAGGGGUCAGUGUGGGCAUUUCGUUCAUUUUUUCCAUCACGGGCGAAGAAAGAUGAGAAAGAUGAUAAUGAGGAUGAGGAUGGGAGAAUGGAUGAGUCGAAAGUGGAUAGUCAUAGAACGCAGCUGGAAUGA